AUGUCUCACAAAAGAUUGGCUGAAAAUAUUCUUAUUAUUGAUUGGGGAUAUAGUACAAGUAAUUCUGAAAGUACUAAAUUUGCAGGUGCAUUGGAAUGUAUGCCAAAUGAAGUCCUGGAAUCAUUAAUCAAUGGGGAAGAGAUCAUUUAUGGGCCAAAAGUUGACUUGAUGUGUUUUGUGCGUUCAUUUUAUUUAAUGAUCCAUAGACCAUCACUGGAUAGGUCUCCCUUUGAUAAAGAUUAUGAUAUUAAAAAACGAGCACAGACAUUGUUAAAUUUCUGGAGUGGUUGUGGAAAAUCAGAUGUAUGGGACAGUAUUUAUAAUGCAAUAGAGGAAUUAGACUAUGACAAAUUAAUUCAAGAGCUUGAGAGGAUUUUUUAA